GUACGAUGAAAAACGAAAAUAAAAAGAAAUCAAAAGGAUGACACGUUACUUGAUCAUGUGAUUUAAAUAAAAUAAGGUCGACAAAAGAAACUUUAUGAACAAAUAAAGCAAUUUCCUUUUGUAUCAUAUUUUCUUAUUAAUAUAUUUCAAAAGUAAACCCACUUAUACAUUAUAUAUACACACAUAUCUAGACUUGACUUUUUCAUUAACAAAUUUUAGAAUUUAUACUAUGGUGAAAGUAACAUCAAACCAAUGGCUACUACAGACACUUGUAUGUCUAUUCAUCUUUCUAAAAACAGAAAGUACGAGUGAAGAGGGUAUACUUAGUGGUAUAAACAUCAUCGAAGGAGCUGUGGCCCAAGGAGCAGUUUGUUUGGAUGGAAGCCCACCGGCAUACCAGUUCGAUGCAGGUUUUGGUGAAGGCCUUCACAAUUGGCUGAUUCAUAUACAGGGUGGGGGAUGGUGCAAUUCAGUAGAAGAUUGUCGUACACGAAUGUAUAAUCGAUUCGGAUCUUCAAAGAUGAUGAAGAGUUCUGAUUACAACUUCACAGGGAUUCUGAGCAAUAAGCAAGAAUUAAAUCCGAAUUUCUACAAUUGGAAUAGAGUCGCUGUGAGGUACUGUGAUGGGUCAUCAUUUACUGGAGAUGUGGAAGAAGUUGAUCCUGCUACAAAUCUUCACUAUAGGGGUGCAAGGAUCUUCAAUGUCAUUAUUGAGGAGUUGCUUAGCAAAGGAAUGAAGUUUGCAUCAAAUGCUCUUUUGUCAGGGUCUUCAGCGGGUGGAUUGGCUUCCAUACUUCACUGUGACAAGUUUCGAGAUAUCUUUCCAGAAAGUACUCGAGUAAAAUGUUUUUCAGAUGCUGGUUAUUUUGCUCAUGUAAAAGACCUCUCUGGAGGAUAUAAGUUUGAGGAGUACUAUGAUCAAGUGGUUACAUUACAUGGAUCAUCCAAGAAUUUGUAUCCUGAAUGUACUUCGAAACUGAAGCCAAGUCUAUGCUUCUACCCACAAUUUGCCAUGUCAUAUGUCAAAACACCAAUUUUUAUAUUACAAACUAUAUAUGAUACAUUUCAGAUCCAAAACAUCUUGGCGACACCAGAAGCCGAUCCUAUGGGACUCUUUACCAAAUGCAAGGAAGAUAUAAAUUUGUGUUCAUCUGCGCAAAUCCAAAGGCUACGAGAUUUUAGAUUGGAUUUUUUAAAAGCAUUUUUGGUGGUUCGAAAUGAUUCUUCAAGAGGAUGGUUUGUUAAUAGUUGCUUUAGUCAUGGCCAAGCUGAAUACCAAACAAAAUGGUUAGGAUAUCGUUCAUGGAAAUUGAGGCAUAAGGCUAUUGCACAGUCAGUUGGUGAUUGGUUUUACGAUAGAAGCAUAGUCAGAAUAAGCGAUCACAGAAAUAUCUUGCCACACUAUUGCAUCAACUAACCCAUUUUUUAUGUAUAAGUUCGGUAUGAGUCAAAUAAUAAAAUGAUAAUAAUAAUUAUAAAGAAAUUCAUAGAUUGUAAUACAUGUCUAAAAGUAUUCAAAUAGCGAAUGUGAUUUAUUAUAGGGACCAUUUCUGUAACUAUUUUGUCAGGGACCAUUUCUGUAAAUUUUAGUUUUACCUAUGGAACAUUUAUGUAACUUUGUGAUUAGGUGUUUUUGUAAUUUUUUGAAAAGUAGAACCUUUUCCUUGUUUA